AUGGAUAGGAAGAAAUCCCCCCCCUCCCCCCCCCGGGAAGGAUUGGUUGUGAACUUGUUCAAGAAAGGAGACAAGACUGACCCAGGAAACUACAGGGGGAUCACACUGUUGAACACAGUAGGAAAAGUGUUCUGUAAGCUGCUGAACGAUAGGAUAGUGGGAGUAUUGGAGAAGGAACAUAGCAUUAGUGAGGGCCAGGCAGGUUUCCGCAAGAAGAGGGGGUGCGUAGACCACGUGUUCACGGUAGGGAGAAUCAUCCAAGGUAGAAAGAGGGCGGGAAAGCCGACGUACUGCUUCUUCCUGGACGUGAAAAAGGCAUACGACACCGUAUGGAGAAAUGGGUUGUGGAAACAACUGUCCAAAUACGGGAUCAAGGGGAAAAUGUGGAGAGUGCUGAAGAAGAUGACAGAGUGCACGAAAAGCGCGGUCAUGCUAGACGGAGAACUGUCAAAAUUCUUUGACAUUGAGCAGGGGGUCCCACAAGGUUGCACGCUGUCCCCAUCAUCGUUCCAGGUGCUCAUCAACANCGGGAAAGCCGACGUACUGCUUCUUUCUGGACGAAAUAAGAAGGUAGUGAAAGAACUCGAGGCGGCGCAGAUGAACGCAGCGAAAAUUAUCCUAGGAGGCUCCACGCGCACAAGUAAUGCAGCCGUGAGGGCAGAAUUGGGGAUCCAAUCCCUACGGUCGGGAAGAGACGCGAGGAAGCUGACCUGGCAGUAUCGCAUGUGCGGGAUGGGAGAGGAGAGGUUGCCGAGGAUUGUAUGGGAGGCGAAGUGGGCAAACAAAAAGAGGGGUAGACAACCCACGGAAUGGGUCAAGGUUGUAGAGGACGUAUGGAAGGGGCUCGACAUCGACGAAGAUGAAACGCUGGAAACGGAGGGUCUACAGGGGUUCAAGGAGAAGAUAUCUGUUGCUUGUGCCGAGAGAGAAGAACAGAAUCUGAGGAAAGAAUCCAAGGAUAAGGAGGGUCUAGAAGUGUACGGAAUGUUGAAGGAAGGAAUAGGGUUCAAGGACUACCUACAUGGACCAAUGGAUGCAGGAACAAAGCUUAAGGUCAAAUUCAGGACCGGCGACAUAGGCCUUCGAGAACGUCGAGAAAUACAUUGUCGACGGACGGUAGACGAUGAAGACAAGUUCUGUGAUUGCGGCUUCGAAUGCGAAGACCGUGUUCAUGUAGUCGCGGAAUGUCCGUGUUACAAGAAGGAGAGGGAGAUGUUUGAGGCAUGGAAUAGAGAGGAAAGGACGGUAGCUGUACUGGGGCAUAGGAGGUGGGUUGAAAAGGCGGGAAGGGAUAUCGUUAGGAUAGACAGACUAGGGAAGACAUUUUUGAGCCACCUUUGGCAAAGUAGGAAGGAACGAUUGGCCAUCGGUGAUCGGUCCUGUGGGAACAAUGCUCCGUCCUCUCGAGGUCGCGUGGCUGAUGGUCU